AUGCGUCUGGACGUGAAGCGCCAGCUCUUUGCCCGUUCGGAGCGGGUAAAGGGCAUUGACUUCCACAGUACCGAACCAUGGAUCCUCACGACGCUGUACAAUGGCCACGCCCACAUCUGGUCCUACGAGACACAAGCCAUCAUCAAAACCUUUGAGCUUACCGACGUCCCUGUCCGGGCAGGGAGAUUCAUUGAGAGGAAGAACUGGAUAGUAUGUGGUAGCGAUGACUUUCAAUUGAGGGUUGUCAAUUGGAAUACCAGUGAAAAAGUCAAGUCUUUCGAGGCACACCCUGAUUACAUUCGCGCCAUCGUGGUACACCCUGUGCUCAGCGUUGUCCUCACUGCCUCAGAUGAUAUGACGAUCCGAAUGUUCGACUGGGAGAAGGACUGGCGCUGUGUACGCGAAUUUGUGGGACACCAGCACUAUGUGAUGGGACUGUCUAUCAACCCCAAAGACACCAAUAUUUUUGCAUCGGCUUGCCUGGACCGAACCAUCAAGAUCUGGAGUAUCGACAAUGCCUCGGCCAAACAGACAAUCGAAGCCCAUGAAAAAGGGGUCAAUCACAUUGACUACUAUCCGCACAACGACAAACCGUACCUGCUCAGCACAUCUGACGAUAAAACUGUCAAGGUUUGGGACUACACUACAAAGGCACUGAUUGCCACUCUGGAAGGACAUACUAGCAACGUCAGCUUUGCCUGUUACCAUCCCGAGUUGCCGGUCAUUAUAUCCGGCUCAGAAGAUGGGACCAUCAAGAUCUGGCAUGCCAAUACGUACCGACUAGAGCAGUCUCUGAGCUACGGUCUAGAGAGAGCAUGGUGCGUUGCUUAUCAAAGAGGGAAGCAAGGGGUCGCCAUGGGCUUCGACGACGGUGCUGUUGUCGUCAAAAUGGGCAGAGAAGAGCCGGCAGUAUCCAUGGACAACACCGGCAAGUUGGUCUGGGCUCGCCAUAACGAAGUGGUCUCUGCGAUCAUCAAGGGAGGAGAUGCCAGCAUCAAAGAUGGUGCGCCGAUUGCCCUGCCCAUCAAGGAAAUGGGGACAACAGAAAUAUACCCUACGACAUUGUCGCAUUCACCCAAUGGCAGGUUCGUCAGUGUUUGUGGGGAUGGAGAAUUCAUCAUCUACACUGCUUUGGCUUGGAGGAAUCAAGCUUUUGGUGCAGCACUUGACUUUGCAUGGGGAUCGCAUCAGAAUCCCACCGACUAUGCAAUCCGCGAGUCCGCUACCAGCGUGAAACUAUUCAAGAAACUCAAGGAGAGCGGAAACCUCGAUGUUGGGUUUCAGGCUGAAGGUCUGUGCGGCGGAUUCCUGCUAGGUGUCAAGGGUCAGGGCGGAAUCGGAAUGUUCGACUGGGAAUCAGGAAGUCUUGUCCGACGGAUUGAAGUCGAGCCUAGAGAAGUUUAUUGGAGCGAAUCAGGCGAACUCGUCGCACUUGCGUGUGCCGAUACAACUUAUGUCCUCCGCUUUGAUCGAGAAGCUUACCUCGAAGGCCUCAACUCCGGGGAAGUCGACGAAGACGGUGUCGAGGCUGCAUUUUCCGUGGUCACCGAUUUGCAAGAAUCCGUCAAAAGUGGUGAGUGGGUCGGCGAUGCGUUUCUGUUCACCACCACGAGCCGACUCAGCUACAUGCUUGGCGAGCAAGUUGUGCAUAUUGCACAGUUUGACCAGCCUAUGUACCUCCUCCGCUAUCUCCAAAGAGAUGAGCGUGUGUAUCUCUGCGACAAAGACGUCAACCUGGUGAGCUAUCGACUGUCGACAGCCUUGCUCUCCUAUCAAACUCUCGUAUUACGGGGUGAGAUAGAGGCCGCCCAGGAACUACUACCUGAAGUUCCUGCAGAUCAGAUGAACAAAAUUGCCAGGUUCCUUGAGGCCCAAGGACACAAGGAGCUGGCUCUCGAAGUCGCGACCGAUCCCGAGCACCGCUUUGAGCUUGCAUUAAGUCUGAAUAACCUUGCAGUGGCACUCGAGCUCGCUCGCGAGGCCGACAUGCAAGCCAAAUGGUCUUCAGUGGCAGAUAAGGCGCUCGAAGCCUGGGACGUGAAGUUGGCCGAGGAGUGCUUCCUCAAUGCCAAAGAUCUUGGCAGCUUGCUUCUGCUGUACACCAGUUCAGGCGACAAAGCAGGGUUGACCAGACUCGCGCAACAGGCCGAAGAGAUGGGCAGCAACAACGUUGCUUUUGCCAGUUGGUGGUCGACCGGCAACAUCCCGGCCGCCAUCGACUUGCUCAAGCGCACCGGCCGCAUCAGUGAGGCUGUAUUGUUCAGCCAGACAUACAAGCCCUCGACGACACAACAGCUGGUUCACGAGUGGAAAGAGAGUCUGGAAAAGCAGGGCAAAGGCAAGGUCAGUCGCUUGCUCGGCGUGCCAGGGGAGGACGAUGAUUUAUUCCCCGAAUGGGAUGAGUACAUCAAGAUCGAGGAGGACCCCAAUACCAAAGGCCCGGCGACCGUCGAUCUCAUGGAAGUCAACGGCGAUGAGGCUCCUGCGACCAAUGGCACGACCGAGGCCGACGGCGAAGAUGCCGCUGAAGAUGCUGCUGCAGAGGCACUGGCGGAGUCGGAGGCUGAGGAAUAG